CGCUGUUUUUUUUUAGGAUGAGUCGUCAGUUGGUAGGAACUGGAAGACCGGCCUUAAAUUAAAAGAAUUGUUUGGGAUUAAUUGUUUAUGUGGCGUCGAGUUACGUUUUUGUAGCCUUUUUUAGUAAAGAAAUCUCGUCGAGCUUAUAACGUGCUGAUCAUGGCUGAAGACAGGGAAAUUUUACGUGAGAUCUGGGAAGGCAGAUUGCCAGUCUGUUUUACAUUAGCCACAGAGGAAGUGUCAACACCAAUUGCACCAGAUCCCUUCUAUCUUAUGGUUCCACGACUGACUUAUUUUCCUCUCGUCACAGAUAAAGUUCGCAGACAUUUUGUAAGAUGUGUUGUUCCCGAAAAGCAUGACAACGAAAUGUGGCUGGAAUUUGAAAGACACCCUCUUAAGUGGCAUUAUCCUAUUGGACUCCUCUAUGAUCUGUUUGUUUCAAAUUCGGAAUUACCGUGGCAGAUUACUGUCCACUUUGACAAAUAUCCUGAUAACAAGAUACUCAAAUGCCCCUCAAAAGAUGUUGUUGAAUCCCAUCUGAUGCAUAGCUUAAAGGAAGCUGAUGCUUUGAAGCAUAAGAAUCACAUAAUGGCUCUAAUGCAAGAACGUGACCACAAGCAGCUUUGGUUGGGACUUUUACAUGACAGAUUUGACCAAUUUUGGUCAGCCAAUCGAAAAUUAAUGGAACAUAGCGCCGAGGAUGGUUUCCGCUACAUUCCCUUUCGUUUAUAUGUCCCCCAAUUGACUUCUAAGCCUUUCGUCCAAUAUUUGAUUAAACCAGUUGAGAAUGAGAAAAAACUGGUUGUGGAAGACUUACUUCAGAGGGCAAAUCUCAAUUUUGAAUCCAAAGGAUCGUUUCAAGUAGUCAUUCAUGGAAUUGAUAUCCCUUUAGAAACCCCUCUUCAAUGGAUAAGCGAACAUUUAAGUUAUCCAGAUAACUUUCUACAUCUAUGCAUUCGAUACUCUCAGACAUAGACGUAUUGAGUCAUGGCGUAUGCAUUUUUGAUUUCUAUUUGUUUCCACUGUAUAAUAAUGUUUUUGACGAAUUUUUUCCUCUCGGGGUUUCUAUUUUUCGUACGGACAAGGUUAGGUGUCUUGUUAGUCAUAUGACUUUGUACGCCCUUUCUUUAUCGGCUCCCUAUUUUGAUAUACAUAGUGUACAUUUUUGGUCAUUAAUAAUGUUAAUAUUGAAGGUCUUUUUCACAGAUUUUCAUUCAACACUUUAAGCGCUUAAAUAUUCCGUCUCUUUAGCAUAGAAAAGUUUUUUUUGGCACAGUAAUUUUAUUAGGUAAAUUUGCCUCAUCCAUUCAAACUAAAUGUUAGAUUCGAUACAAUAACCUAUCUUAAUUGCUGAAUUAGAUUAAUGCAAAUAGGAAAGACGGACGAACUUUUGAUAUUUUUCUCGUGGUUUUCGGAAACAUUUAAAUUAUUGCAUUCAACAAGGUGAAUAGAUUACAGAUACAAAAUAAUCUCCUUUCUUUCCGACGUGCCGACUGAAUUGAUAGAAGCUACCCAGUUCAAACCAUUUAAUUAAUAGUGCAAUGUAAUCCACAGUUUUUAUAGAUACUCCUGUCACUGCCCAAAAACUUACCAUGAUUUUUACAUAAAAUUGGUAGAUACGAUUGCAAUGCUUUCAUAAUUGUAAGUCCCGAUUAAUACCGAGCUUAUACUACGCCAAUAAAAUACGAAUGCAUUAAGAAUAUGAAA